AUGGAAACGAAGGCUGCGGUCGGAUUCGAUGCGACCGAUCAAAAGUUUGUCGUUGUGCCCGAGGAGCAAUUCGGUGACGACUCGGUUAAGGAUGGUUCGGCAAUCGAUGUCGACGGCCGAACACUCACCGUCUUGCAAAUGUGCGACUCUGUGGACGAAGCGCGUGCAGCGUGCGAAGAGAAAGCUAAUGAAAUGCUCAACCUGAAUGGAAUGGGAUUGGCGUCGAUCACGUAUGAUGACGAACCGCAGUCGUCGUCGUCAGACACAGACGGAAAAGAAAUGGAAAUGGAGAAUGACAUGGAGACCGAGAUGCAGAAUGAGAUGGAAGAGGACGAGACAGCCGGAAUUACAUCGGUUGAAAUAGAAGUUCUAGCGAAUAUGCAAAAACAGAUUGAUAGUAUCCGCAAAAGCACUCGCGAUGUGUUCGGAUUUUUGAUGACAGACUUGAAGUGCGACAUCGAUCGAAUUUGCCAUCGACAGAAGAUGCUCGAGCGUUUCAUCAAGAAGACUUUCGGCACAAAUCAAGAUGGCAGUAUAAUUCAAGACGAAGGGCUGAAUUGCGAGUUGUUUUCGGACGGUCCCAUCUCGACAAUUGAUCAAGCUAUUAUGGCACAUUACGAUGAAAUAGACAAAAUGGCUCGCAAACGUGUCGUUGAAGCCGACACGUUCUUGAAGAGAUAUGUGCCGCCGAGCAAACCGGCCAAAACUCAGCCAGCGGCGAAAGUUCCGACGUUCCAGACAAAGGAAAAUGGUGAUACGAAUUAUUCGUUUGGCGCUAGCGGAAAUCCGCCGAAGCGAAUCGUAAAUGGAGUUGUGAUGCCAUCUGUGAAAGAAUUGACGUAUCCAUUCGUUCCAAAACACAUCGAAGAGGAAUGUUUCGCACAAGCCAAUGGAUUGGCUCCGAUAUAUGCUCAGCUUUUGGCGAAACAUCUGUUCCAAGACACCAUCGAACUGUAUUUCAAGGAACAAGAUCCACACAAGAGAAAUUGGCUUCAUGAUGCUGUUGAUUAUCGUUUCCCGACUCCAGAAAAAUCUCUUCAAGUGAGCAAAUGGAAGAACUGCUCGUACUUCAUCAACAAAAACAUGCGCGAAGCUGUGCAGAUUAGUGGCAAUCCAAUGCGUCCCGCGCCAUGUGGGCCGAGGGGACCGAUUGGACCAAAAAAUCCGGAUCGUCGAAGUGGUGCUGUUGAAAAAAAGGAGUCCGAGGAAAAAGCUGAAGAGAAUGAGGCUCCAAAAAAGAACGGAUUUAUAAAAUCGGAACCGAAAGAAGAGAAGACACCAAAGCCAGUUCUUAAGGAAGUACAACAGAUGAAGUCAAGAUCGUCGUCGGUGUCGUCGAUCAGCAUUCCAAGUGGCUCGAAACCGCCGGCCUUGUUCAAAUUUGUUUCCAUGAGCUACGAAAAAGAAUGCUUCGAAGAAUGUCGCGGCGAUCAAUACAAAUAUGCCGAAUUAAUGGCAAUGCGCCUAUUUGCUUCUACUAUUCAAACAUUUUUCAAAGAUCAGGAUACCGCUAAAAAAGAUUGGCUUAGACAAUGUGUAGAAUCGAGAUUCCCGAUUUCCGAUCCGAAGCGUAAUGAUCAACGAUGGAAAGUUUGCGGUCAAAUGUGCAACAAGAAUAGAACCAAAAUUUUUGCGGCCGAUGGUAGAGAAGAACAAUAUCCAUAUUUCCCAAAAGAGAUCGAAGAGGAGUGCUUCAGAAAAGCUAACGGAAACUUUGCGGCCUACGCGGAAAUGAUGAACGCUCAUCUGUUUCCGGAUACGCAACACUUGUUUUUCAAGGAUCAAGAUAUUGGAAAACGCAAUUGGUUGCAUAAUGUGUUGGACAGAAGAUUCCCAACAGCUGACAAGGCUCAGCAUAUAUCGAAGUGGAAGGCUUGCACCAAUGCGAUUAACAAGAAGCUUUCUGAUGGAUCGGUCACUCCGAUCACUCCAACUGUCACGACACCAUCCCAUACGACAGUUUCGAAUACUCCUGCAGUGUCAACGCGAUCGGAUUCGGUUGACGCCACUCCGAAGUCCACUGUCCCGAAGUUCGAAAGACGUUCUCUUAUUGAUGGUGGUUUAAAGCGAAAGGCGGAUGAGACAAUGUCGACAUCGCCGUCGCCGGCGGCAAAACGCGAAUCGGCGAGAAACAAGAUCAAGAAGGAAAAAGAAAUGUACACCGCCUAUCCAUAUGUCAGUGAGGAAGAGGAGAUUGAGAUUUUUGAAAACUGCAACGGCAACACUCAAGUGUAUGCGAGAGAACUCGGAAAAUUGUUGUUCAAGGACACAAUUAAAUUGUACUUUAAGGAUCAGGAUGUGGAUAAACGAGCGUGGAUACGCGAAAUUAUUGAUUUCCGAUUCCCUUCGAAAAGCCAACCGGAGCACAAACAAAAAUGGAAGAAUGUGACGGCGGCCAUAAAUCGCAACAUGACAACCCCUUCGGUCCCACCGCGCAAAUCUGGCGGAAAAUAA